GAAAAUGUCUCAGAAAAUUUUUAUGAUCUCGCCAUUUUCGUUCAUCAUAUGCUUAAUCUUAGUUUUAUGUUUCACCUGCAUAAAUGUGGGAGCUGCUUCCGAUGAGGAGAGUGAAUCCUAUUUGGGAUCUUUGGUGAAGAAGAAAGAUGAACGGAAGCUAAUUUCUUCGAGUGAAUAUGGAGAGAUUUCAGGGGUUAGUGUUAGAGAGCGGACGGAUUUGUCGUAUCACCUUCAGUUCAUCACCUUGAAGCCAUUUGCUCUUUUCCUCCCCGUUGUAUUACAUGCAAAUAUGGUUUUCUAUGUGCAAACAGGUUCUGGGAAGCUGAGUUACACUAACGAAGCGGGCCGCAUGCUGACAAAGACGUUGAGACAAGGAGAUACUUUGGAACUCAAUCCAGGGACUAUUUUCUUCAUGGAGGCCAUCCACUGUGUGGACGAACUAAGAGUUUACGCUAUCUUUGGUAAUUUGAGGGAACAUUUCCGCGGACCGGCAACGACAGCACCAUACUCUAGUUUCCGCCACCUGAUCCUCGGCUUUGAUAAAAUGAUUCUGCAACUAACCUUCAAGGUGCCUGAAGAUGUGAUUAAAGAGAUAAUGAAUAAACCGAACCCACCGGCCAUUGUUUCCAGCGUCUCGGGAACAAUGGAAAAAUUAUGGGAUUUGGAAGCUCGUUUCAUUAAAGAAUUAACAAGAAGCACGGGGCCCAACCUCCUCAACAUGCUUGGCUUAGAACGAGAUUGUGGGAACCAUAAUGGGUGGAGAACAACAUCAAACAAGAAAAAGCUCCCAUUUUUCAAAGGUUUCAAAGGUUCCAACUUUGGUGUUUCCGUAACAAAUUUGACCAGAGGAUCGAUGGUGGCGCCGCACUGGAAUCAAAUGGCGACUGAGAUAGUAAUUGUUUUACAAGGAAAAGGAAUUGUUCUAGUGGUUUGUUCUAGCAUUUUUGCUAAACAAAAUGAAUGCAAAAACAUGAGGUUUCAAGUGGGAGAAGGUGAUGUGUUUGUCGUGCCAAGGUUCCAUCCUGCAGCUCAAAUGUCUUUCAGUGAUGAAACAUUUGUUUUCAUGAGAUUUAGUACCACAAGAAAGAAAAUUAGCCAUCAAUAUCUGGUUGGAAAAACUUCCAUUUUCAAGACCUUAGGCAAACGUAUAUUGGCAGCAUCACUGGGUGUCAAUGAAACAAUAGCAGACAUGUUUAUGGCUUCACAGAGGGAAUCCGUAGUCUUGGAUUGUAAUUUGUGUGCAGAGGAAGAGUUAAGGAUGAUGGAGGAGGAAACAGAAAAGGCAAAACAGACGGAACCAGAAACCCCAGAAGCAGAAGUAGAAGCUGGAGAAGGAACUGAAAAACCAGAAGAAGAAUCAGGGGAAGGGAAAGAUCGACCGGAGAAACCAGAAGCUAGAGCCAGGGAAUAUGAAAAUGAAGACACUAUCAAAGAAAAGAGAUGAGCAUGGGCUUGAAAGGGAUGUAAUUCAAAGUCAAUAUUCAGUUUUUAUUGUUAAUCAGAUUUGCAUUGCAGAAGUAAUUAGUGUUUAUUUCUAUGUACAAUUACCGAUUUUUCACACAGAAAAGGUUGGUGGCAUUUGGGGGUGUGGUAUUGUUCUGCAUGGCAGACGACUCCUAGGACUCGUAUUUCAGUAUGGUAUAUAUCUAGGAGCUGAGUAGCCUUUCAAACUUCUUAAUCACGCGCGUAG